CUGAAGGAGUGCAGUAAACAGAACCUGUGCAGCUGUAUUCUUCAAGAAGGGCAGAAGACAGUUUGAACCAUGGCAAGCCAGGACCUACUGGCGAAAAAACGAGAAUGCCUCCAGGCCUACAGCUGGUGGAGAACACCACAGAAGAAACGGAAGAAAAAGAACAAAAUAAAACCAGGAAGAAUAGAGUUUGUCCCUAGUAGUAGUGCAGUCAGACCAGAUUAUUCGAUAUUUGUUGGGGAGCUUACUCCAGAAGUGGAUGAUUUCCAGCUCUAUGACUAUUUCCUAAAGAGAUACCCCUCAUGUAUUGACUGCAAAAUAGCAACAGACCUGCUGGGAUACUCCAGAGGGUAUGCCUUUGUCAGAUUUGGUGAGCAAGGUGAUCAGAUGAGGGCACUGCAAGACUGCCAGAAUGCACCAGGUCUGGGGGGAAAACGAAUCCGCCUGAGCAUAGGAAUUUCUAAAAGACUGAAAGCAGAAUUCCAGCGGUACCAGUCCUACAACUAUAAUGAUUAUUACCAAGAUUAUCAGAAUUACUACUCACAGUGGAAUUAUGAUCCUUAUGCUGAAUACAACUACAGCUCCUAUACUCCCUAUGAUAACAUGCAAGCUGUUGGAGACUGCUCUUUAGGAGAUGCUGUUAUGGCUCCAGCUGUUUUUGAGGAAACUGCACCUAUGACUGAAAUCAGUGAUGACCUAAUAACUGAAGAUCCACAACUUUACUUGGAUGUUGAUGAAAUGAACAGACAGUUCAUGGAAACAAGUGAAGAACUCUAUGAUUCCCUCAUGAAUUGUCACUGGCAACCUCUGGAUACGGUCACUUCUGACAUCCCCCCUGCUAUUUAAGUGUCUUAUAUAGCAUGACCGUUAUGACCAAGGUGCUAAAAUUACAUUUCUUCUACAUUACUCUAGAUCAUAAGUUUUAAAGCACAAUGAUAGGUUGGGGUUGUUUUGGUUUUUUUUUUUGCUAUGCUUUUGACAGUUUCUGUAAUCUUUUUUUUUUGUUGUUGUUGUUGUUCAUCACUCUACUCUUGGAGCAUCUUGAAAUCAUGUAAAUAUUCUAGAAAUGUAAAGAGUUCAAUGGGGUCUAAAGAUAGACUUGCCUGUGUAAAUAAAACUUUGUUUCUGCAAA